CAAGGGGCCAAUUGACCCUUGGCUCAUAUAUAAACCUCGCCAGAAAACAGAUUUCAGCUAGAACGGCUUUGGAUUCAACCGGGGUCUAGUGCUGUUCCGCCUCACUGCUCUCCUUGUUUGUUACGUUCUCAGCGUCCAGAGUCGCACUGCGGUUGCCUACCUUUUCGUUCAAAAGCAGUUAAUUUAUUUCGUUGGUUGUACGCACUUAACCUGCCAUCAUGUCGUACGAUCCGAAUGAUCCAGAUAUGAAAUAUCUGGCCAUCGACAAGAAGGCUCUGCAGAAGGAACAGACCCAGCCGUUUGACGGUAAGAAGAACUGCUGGGUGCCCCACCAAAAGGAGGGUUUCAUGGCAGCCGAAAUCCAGAGCACUAAAGGGGAUGAAGUAACUGUAAGACUGAAUGACGGCAACAUCGUCACAGUUAAGAAAGAUGAUAUUCAACAAAUGAAUCCACCAAAGUUUGAAAAAUAUGAGGAUAUUGCCAACUUGACCUAUUUAAAUGAUGCCUCAGUUUUGUACAAUUUGAAAGCAAGAUAUUAUGCAACUCUCAUUUACACUUAUUCUGGACUAUUCUGUAUAGUCAUUAACCCCUAUAAGAGACUGCCAAUCUAUACCCCGAGCAUCGUAGACAAAUACAGAUUCAAGAAAAAGACUGAAAUGCCACCUCAUUGUUACGCCGUUUGUGACGAGGCAUUUCAAAACAUGCUGAGAGAUCGUGAGAACCAGUCCAUGUUGAUUACUGGUGAGUCUGGUGCUGGAAAAACUGAGAACACGAAGAAAGUAAUCCAGUACUUUGCCUUUGUGGCCGCUGCUGCUGCAAAGAAAGAGGGUACCGCAGAGGCUGAAGAAGGAAAGAAGAAGCGAGGCAACUUAGAGGACCAGAUUAUUCAAGCCAACCCAGUGCUUGAGGCCUUUGGCAAUGCCAAGACUAUCAGAAACAACAACUCUUCUCGAUUUGGUAAAUUCAUCAGAAUUCACUUUGGUACCCAGGGUAAAAUUGCUGGUGCAGACAUUGAGCAUUAUCUGCUGGAGAAAUCUCGUGUGACCUUCCAACUGUCUGCAGAACGUAAUUACCACAUAUUCUAUCAGCUUCUGUGUAACUCAUUGCCAGACCUUGCAGAAAAGCUGCUGGUUUCUCCUGAUGCUGGGCUCUACAGCUUUAUCAACCAGGGUGUCUUGACAGUAGAUGGCAUUGAUGAUGUAGAAGAGAUGAAAAUCACUGAUGAAGCUUUUGAUGUGCUGGGCUUCACACCAGAGGAGAAAUUGAGCUUGUACAAGUGCACAGCUGCCAUCUUGCACUUUGGUGAGAUGAAGUUCAAACAGAGGCCACGUGAGGAGCAGGCCGAGGCUGAUGGAGCAGCAGAGGCAGAAAAAGCAGCAUUUUUACUUGGUGUGAAUGCUGGUGACUUGAUCAAGUCCUUCUUAAAACCAAAAGUGAAAGUGGGCAAUGAAUUUGUCACCAAGGGUCAAACAUUGGCUCAGGUCUUAUAUGCCGUGGGUGCCCUGUCCAAGUCUCUGUAUGAUCGUAUGUUCAAGUGGCUCGUCCAGCGUGUCAACAAGACUCUUGAUACAAAGAACAAGAGACAGUACUUCAUUGGUGUACUGGAUAUUGCUGGUUUUGAGAUCUUUGAGUUCAACACCUUUGAGCAGUUGUGCAUCAACUACACCAAUGAGAGAUUGCAGCAGUUCUUCAACCACCACAUGUUUGUACUGGAACAGGAAGAGUACAAGAAGGAAGGUAUUGUCUGGCAGUUCAUUGACUUCGGUAUGGACUUGCAGGCCUGUAUCGACCUUAUUGAGAAGCCCAUGGGUAUCUUGUCCAUCCUUGAGGAAGAGUGCAUGUUCCCCAAGGCCUCUGAUGACACCUUCAAGGACAAGCUGUACAACAACCACAUGGGCAAGUCUCCAAACUUUGGCAAACCCAAGCCAUCCAAGGACAGGAAGCACGAGGCCCACUUUGAGUUGUACCAUUAUGCUGGUGCUGUGCCCUACAACAUUUGUGGGUGGUUGGAAAAGAACAAAGAUCCAGUGAAUGUUACUUGUUACCAUGUCCUCAGCAAAUCCAAAGAUCCUACUGUUGCACAAUUGUUUGCUGGAAUAGAUGAUGAUGAAGAGGGCGCUGCACCAAAGAAGAAGAAGAAGGGUAGCGCUUUCCACACCAUCUCUGCCACUCACAGGGAAAGCUUGAACAAAUUGAUGAUCAACUUGGGUACCACUCAGCCUCAUUUCAUCCGUUGCAUUAUCCCCAACGAGGUGAAAACACCAGGUCUGAUUGACUCCUUCCUUGUGAUGAACCAGCUGCAAUGUAAUGGUGUACUUGAGGGUAUCCGUAUCUGCCGUAAAGGUUUCCCCAACAGGAUGAUCUACUCUGAAUUCAAGCAGAGAUACUCCAUCUUGGCUCCCAAUGCCAUCCCCCAGGGCUUCGUGGAGGGCAAACUUGUCUCCCAGAAGAUCCUGGAAUCUCUGCAGUUGGACGAGAAUGAGUACCGUCUUGGCAGCACCAAGGUCUUCUUCCGUGCUGGUGUGCUAGGUCAUCUUGAGGAUCUCCGUGAUGAGCGUCUCUCCAAGAUCAUCUCCCUGUUCCAGGCUCACAUCCGUGGCUACAUCAUGCGCAAACAAUACAAGAAACUGCAAGACCAGAGAGUUGGUCUGUCUGUCAUCCAGAGAAACAUUCGCAAGUACCUGCAGCUCCGCAACUGGCAGUGGUGGAAGCUGUACACCAGAGUGAAGCCUCUGCUGAACAUUGCCCGUGCUGAGGAUGAGAUGAAGAAGAAGGAAGAGGAACUUGAGAAGUGCAAGGAAGACCUUGCCAAGCUCGAGAAGCUGAAGAAGGAACUUGAAGAGCAAAAUGUCACUCUGCUGCAGGCUAAGAAUGACAUGUUCUUGCAACUGCAGUCUGAGCAGGACACCUUGGCUGAUGCUGAGGAGAGAAUUGAGAAGCUCAUCUCCCAGAAGGUCGACUAUGAAGCACAGAUCAAGGAAAUGGAAGAGCGCCUCAUGGAUGAGGAAGAUGCUGCUGCAGAGCUUGAGAACAUCAAGAAGAAGAUGGAAGCCGAGGCUGAGGAACUGAAGAAGGAUGUUGAGGAUCUUGAGCAGUCUCUUGCCAAGGCUGAACAAGAGAAACAGACCAAGGAUCACCAGAUCAAGACUCUCCAGGACGAAAUGGCCCAACAAGAUGAACAGAUUGCCAAGCUGACCAAGGAGGGUAAGAACACAAGUGAGAACCUGAAACAAACACAAGAAAAACUGCAGGCAGAAGAGGACAAAUGCAACCACCUCAACAAACUCAAGCAGAAACUGGAACAGACCUUGGACGAGCUGGAGGAUAACCUUGAGCGUGAGAAGAAACAGCGUGCCGAUGUGGAGAAAUCCAAGCGCAAGCUGGAGGGAGAUCUGAAGAUGACACAAGAAAACGUUGAGGAACUUGAGCGUGUCAGACGUGACAUGGAAGAGAAUGUCAGAAGGAAGGAUGUUGAGAUCUCCGGCCUGAACUCCAGGCUUGAGGAUGAACAAAACCUGGUCUCCCAACUCCAGAAGAAGAUCAAGGAACUCCAGGCACGCAUUGAAGAACUCGAGGAGGAACUUGAGGCAGAGAGAGCAGCAAGAUCAAAGGUUGAAAAGGCCCGCGCUGAACUUGCCCGUGAGUUGGAUGAGCUCAGUGAGCGCUUGGAUGAGGCUGGUGGCGCCACAUCUGCUCAGGUUGAACUGAACAAGAAGCGUGAGCAGGAGAUCCUGAAGCUCCGUCGUGAUCUUGAAGAGGCCAACCUUCAGCAUGAAGCUCAGAUUUCUGGCCUGCGCAAGAAGCAGCAAGAUGCUGUCAACGAGCUCUCUGAACAACUUGACCAACUCCAGAAGGUGAAGGGAAGAGUAGAGAAAGAGCGCAAUGAAAUGAGAUCAGAAAUGGAAGAUGUUCAGGCUCAGUUAGACCAUGUUAAAAAGAGCAAGCUUGCAGCUGACAAGCUCACCAAGCAGCUCGAGUCCCAGCUGUCUGAGGCCAAUGCCAAGAUCGACGAACACUCCCGCACCAUCAAUGAGCUCAACUCUGCUAAGGGCCGUUCUGCCAGCGAAGCCAGCGACCUCAGCCGCCAGCUGGAAGAGGCUGAACACACCAUCAGCACCCUGCAGAAACAGAAACAACAGAUUCAGGCUCAGGUUGAUGAUGCUAAGAGGUCCCUGGAAGAUGAGACCAGAGCAAGAACUAAGCUGGCCAGUGAGGUGCGUAACCUCCAGUCUGACCUGGACAGCCUUCGUGACCAAAUUGAAGAGGAACAAGAGGGCAAGGCCGACAUUCAGCGUCACCUUGCCAGAGCCCAGGCUGAGGCACAACAGUGGCGCAACAAGUUUGAGACUGAGGGCGGCGCUCGUGCCGAGGAGCUAGAGGAUGCCAAGCGCAAGCUUGCUGCUAAACUGGCUGAGGCUGAGAACCAACUGGAUGCUGCCAACAUCAAGGUACAGAAUCUGGAGAAGGUGAAGUCCAGAAUGAGUGCUGAGAUGGAAGACCUGGCCAUUGAAGCUGAGAGAGCCAAUGCUAAUCUCAUGCAGAUGGAGAAGAGGAACCGUUCCUUUGACAAGACCGUCUCCGAAUUCCAGGCCAGAAUCAAGGAUCUUGAAGCUGAGGUUGAGGCUGCUCAGCGUGAAGCUCGCAGCUACUCUGCUGAAAUCUUCACCCUCCGUGCCAGAAUUGAGGAACACUCUGAUGCCAUGGAUGCUGUCCGCAGAGAGAACAAGAACCUCUCAGAUGAGAUCCACGACCUCACAGAUCAGCUCAGCGAGGGUGGACGCAAUGUCCAUGAAGUUGAGAAGGCCCGCAAACGCCUCGAGAUGGAGAAGGAAGAGCUGCAGGCUGCCCUGGAGGAGGCUGAGGCUGCUCUUGAGCAGGAAGAGGCCAAGGUGAUGCGCUCUCAGCUCGAAAUCUCUGCCAUUCGCCAGGACAUCGACAAGCGUCUGCAGGAGAAAGAUGAAGAGUUUGAGAACACCCGCAGAAACCACCAGCGCGGACUGGAAUCCAUGCAGGCCAGUCUCGAUGCUGAGGCCAAGGGCAAGCAGGAGGCCAUGCGCAUGAGGAAGAAGCUGGAACAGGACAUCAACGAGCUUGAGGUUGCCCUGGAUGCUGCCAACAGAGCAAGAGCUGAGGCUGACAAGAACGUGAAGAGAUUCCAACAGCAGGCCAAGGACUUGCAAUCACAACUUGAUGAUGAAGCCCACCAGAGAGAUGAGCUCCGUGAGCACGUGAUGAGCGCUGAGAGACGUGCCAACGCCGUGCAAGCUGAGAUGGAAGAGCUCAGAACUGCCAUGGAACAGGCUGAGAGAGCCCGCAAAGCUGCAGAGAACGAACUCACAGAUGCCCAGGACCGCAUCUCAGAACUCACCCAGCAGAGCCAGCAUCUUGCCUCCACCAAGAGGAAGCUGGAGGCUGACAUCUCCGCCAUGCAGGCUGAUCUGGAUGAACAAGCCAAUGAGAUCCGUGCUGCUGAUGAGCGCAUGAAGAAGGCUGCUGCUGACUCUGCUCACUUGGCUGAGGAACUCCGUUCUGAACAAGAGCACAGCCAAAGCAUUGAGAGGAGCCGCAAGAGCAUUGAGACACAGAUGAAGGAGAUGCAGGUUCGCCUGGAUGAGGCCGAGGGCAAUGCACUCAAGGGUGGCAAGAAAGCCAUUGCCAAGUUGGAACAGAGAGUCCGUGAAUUGGAAGCUGAAUUGGAUGCUGAACAACGCCGCCAUGCUGAGACCGACAAGAACGCACGCAAGGCUGACCGCCGCAUGAAGGAGCUGGCUUUCGCACAGGAAGAGGAGAAGAAGAACAUGGAGCGUCUCCAGGAACUCAUUGACAAACUACAGACCAAGAUCAAGACCUACAAGCGCCAAGUGGAAGAGGCUGAGGAGAUUGCUGCUGUCAACCUUGCUAAAUACCGCAAGGUCCAGCAGGAGCUUGAGGAUGCUGAGGGCCGUGCUGAUGAAGCAGAGAACUCUCUGUCCAAGAUGCGCGCCAAGUCCCGCAGCUCUGUCUCCGUAGGCAGAUCAUCUGCUGGCUCUAGUGGAGCUUUUCAGUAUUAUACCCCGUCUUCAGUAAGUUCAUAUAGUAAGUCCAGCAGUUAUAUCCCGCGAUCAUCCAAUCUGACAAAUUCAACAGGACACACGUCACAUCGCUCUGCCGCCUCAGCCAACGGGGGAGAGGAUGAGGAAGAAUAGAGAUGUGCGGAGUCCACUAAGAAAGACAGUCAACUACCAUAUCUACGCUUAACUUCUCUAUCUAAACCAGUGAGGUUUCGCUUCGAAUUGAAAACUGAACUUUGAUUGAGAACUAUUACGAUUUUUUAUAUAUAUAUAGAACUGGUAUUGAAACCGCAGUGAGAUUGCAGUGAUCGUAUAUAAGACUGCAAAGUGAACGUAGCUGAUCAUAGCUUAAGAACUAUACAUAUGGCAAGCAGACUUGCAUAAGAACACACCGUGGAAAUUGGUAACGUAUUGAGACAUUGAGGCAGUGAGUUUUUUUGUUAUACAAAAAAUUAGCAGAAUGGAGUGUAGGCAUAAAUCACACAGUUUUUAAACAAUAGCUUUUUAAGCCGCGAUUGUUAUCAUAGUUACAUUAUUGUGUAUUUUAGUUCUAUCCAUCAGUCUUGUGAUUGAAGUCUAUGUGAAUAGUACUUUUGCAACCAUUUACCAAACAAUGUGUUUACACGCGGGACUGUGUUGUUUUAGUUCUAACAGACGACUUAGACAUUUUACACGCGACUUUUAAUUCCAUCCAUUUGGAGGAAUUGAGCAUUAGACAAGAGCUUACAGGGGAAUGCUCUUUAGCAUAGUAGUAAUAAUAUGAAGCAGACACGGGGACUGUAGCUCCUCUGCUUGAAACUAGUGAACAAGAUGAAAGAAACUUGAAUCUACAGUAGAGAGUAGAACACUAAGAACUAGACUUAUGUCUCACUCCUCUGUACCCGAAUAAAGCUGUGUAUGCUGAUAAAA